GCGAGAUGUACUUGGAGACGCGCGCACGCAUGCAUUGAAUGAACGCUCAUACCACCACACUUAAUUGUAUGACUCUAUGUUUGAUGACACCAAAUUAGCAAGUAUUUUCUUCCUGACUCCAGAAACGUUUGUUUUCUUUUUCUGUCGAAAAAGCGGUUCUGUUCUGUGGUUCCUAGAUCAAUUGCGCAACAAAUUAUCAGACGAAGUAUAAUUUCACUCCUCGGCUCCGCGGACCAGCAGUCUCCACGGCCCAUAGUUUGAGAAAGGCAGGCCUAGCGUUGGAACCCGACGGCCCCCAGCACUUUAGGAGGAGAGAUGACAGCAGUCAGAGGAGUGAGACUAUUCAGAAUGGGAUGCUAUGCCACUCGGCAGAAUCCAACGCUGAAAACACCCCGAUUCCUCCAGCUACGGGAGUUCCGCGUAAAUGGAGUUCACCGGCAGCAACCCUUUGACUCCUCAGCGGAAAAGCCACAGUUUCCUGGAGCAUCUGCUGAAUUUGUCGAUCAGCUGGAGUUCAUCAAGCCCAAUGUAAUCUCGGGGAUUCCUGUGUACAGAGUGAUGGACAGACAGGGACAGAUCAUCAACCCCUCAGAGGAUCCACAGCUGACUAAAGAGCAGGUCUUGAAUUUCUAUCAGAAGAUGACAUUACUGAACACCAUGGAUCACAUCCUGUAUGAAUCUCAGAGACAAGGUCGUAUCUCAUUCUACUCGACUAACUAUGGUGAGGAGGGAACACAUAUUGGAAGUGCUGCAGCAUUGGAUCCCAAUGAUCUUGUCUUUGGCCAGUAUCGUGAAGUUGGUGUCCUCAUGUACCGUGGCUUCCCAUUGGACCUGUUCAUGGCACAAUGCUAUGCAAAUGCUGAUGACCUCGGGAAAGGCAGGCAGAUGCCAGUCCACUAUGGUAGCAAAGACCUGAACUUUGUCACAAUCUCUUCUCCGCUGGCAACUCAGAUUCCACAAGCUGCUGGGGCCGCCUAUGCCUUGAAGAGGGAGAACGAUAACCGCGCAGUCAUUUGCUAUUUCGGAGAGGGGGCAGCAAGUGAGGGUGAUGCCCAUGCUGGGUUCAACUUCUCGGCCACACUGGAGUGUCCGCUCAUUUUCUUCUGCCGUAACAACGGAUAUGCCAUCUCUACACCUACCAAUGAGCAGUACAGGGGUGAUGGCAUUGCUGCUCGUGGCUCUGGCUAUGGGAUGAUGUCCAUCCGUGUAGACGGCAAUGAUGUCUUUGCAGUUUACAAUGCAACAAAGGAGGCUCGUCGCAGGGCCGUUGCUGAGAACCAGCCCUUCCUUAUAGAGGCUAUGACAUAUAGGAUUGGUCACCAUAGCACUAGUGAUGACAGCUCUGCAUACCGCUCAGUGGAAGAAGUGAACUACUGGGACAAGCAAGACAACCCCAUCUCACGCCUGCGUCACUACAUGAACGCACGCAACUGGUGGGGUGAGGAAGAAGAGCGAACCUGGAGGAAACAGUCUCGCAAGCUGGUCAUGGAAGCUUUUGAGAAGGCUGAGAGGCGGCUGAAGCCCAAAGUUGACCUGCUCUUCUCAGACGUGUAUCAGGAAAUGACUCCCAACUUGGAGAAGCAGAAGGAUGCUAUGUGGAGGCAUAUUCAGCAGUACAAAGAGCAUUACCCAAUUGACCUUUAUGAGAAAUAAAAUAGCUGGACUAAGUUUGGAAUAUUAGGACAGGUAUGUUGGUUGAAAAAUUGUAGUGAUUAUAUAUGUGUGUGGGUGUGGGUUAUAGCAUCAUGAGAAAUGCUGGACCAGAUGGUUGAGAAUGGGAUGGUGUUCACGUUCUCCACCAGGGGCCUCAAAAAUAUUGUAUUUUAGUGCCUUGAAAUGCAUUGCAGCUUUUCAAAUCUGGAAUGACUGCUCAUCACAAAUAGAAACUUGGUUGUCGCUUGUGUGUUUGUGUUGUCCUUGUGUACCUUGUGUAUCUCUUUGUUUUACAUUCUACGCAGCCAGUAGCCACAAGUGGAAAGGAGAUGUUGGCAUAGUGAAGCAUUUAACUGUUACAUAAAUGCUGUGGUCCUCAUAUCUUUUAUAUUAGUUAUUUAUUCUACUCUUGGUUGUUUAUGAGGUGUUUCGGAAACACAACUCCAAGGUCUCAUUUGACAACUUUGUAGACAGCAAAAGCUUUGUCUUUCUAAUUGCAGUGUCACAUCUAUCCUGCUUUUUCCUCAUUCUUCAACCAGUCUGACAAGUUUUUAAAGUAACACUGAAUUUUUUUUUUUUAUUAAUGGGGUUUCAUUUCCUGUUCAACUUUCCAUAGACACAUUAUUUAGUCUUUGGCCUUCUGAGCUAAGAAAAAAAAAAACAUUCUUACUGAAAAAUUCAGUAAGAAUUUUUGGAUUGUUAUUUUUUUUCCAAAUUGAAAUUUUUGCAAUGCCAAUCACAUAUCAGCAUUGUUUAUAUUCUAUUAUAUUCUUUGUUUGUGAAGUGAUAGAAAAUCAACUCUAACUUUGUAACUUUAGCUUGAACAAAGUAACAGGCCAUUGGCAAGACAUAUUUGUAAUCUUGGUGCAUUUUGGUUUGAGGUUUAAAACCACUACAUAUAGGGAUGGGGAUUAACAGUAGCUGUGACUUUUCGGAAUAAAUGACAUUCUAAAAUA